UUGGCUGUGGCGCCGCGGGGGCGCCGCGCGUGCUCCGGUGCCGGCCGCCAUGUCGGAGGCGGCGGCCAUGUCGGAAGCGGCGGCCGCGCCGGAGGCGGCCUCCGCGGCGGAGGCGGAGGCGGAGGCGGUGGCGGCGGCGGCGGCGCUGCUGGCGGCGCCGGGGGCGGGCGCGGCGGCGCGGGCGGGCGCGGCGGCGGCGGCGGCGGCGCUGUCGGGGACGGCGGCGGGGCGGCGGCUGCUGGCGGCGCGGCCCGAGGCGCUGGCGGCGCUGGCGGCGCUGGCGGCGGGGCCGGGCGCGGAGGCGGAGGCGGAGGCGGCGCGGCGCUGCCUGGUGAACGUGUCGGCGGAGCCGGCGGCCCGCGAGGCGCUGCUGGCGGCGCUGCCCGCGCUGCUGCCGCUGCUGCCGGGCGCCGCGGGCUGCGGGCUGCUGGCCAACGUGUGCCGGGAGCCGGCGGCGGCGCGGCGGGUGCUGCGGGCCCUGCGGCGGCGCGGCCCGGGGCUGGCGCCGCUGCUGGAGGCGCUGCGCGGGCCGCUGCCGCCGCCGCCGGAGCUGGGGCCGCUGCUCUGCAACCUCAGCCAGGUGCCCGAGGGCCGCCGCUGGCUGCUCAACCGCUCCCGGCGCUCGAUACAGCAGCUGCUGCCCUUCACGCAGUACAAGGAGUCCGUCGUCCACCGACGAGGCAUCGUGGGGGCACUGCGCAACUGCUGCUUCGAGCACGAGUACCACGAGUGGCUGCUGAGCGACGACGUGGACAUUCUGCCCUUCCUGCUCCUGCCGCUCGCAGGCCCCGAGGAGUUCCCUGAGGAGGAGAUGGAAAGGCUGCCCCUGGACCUGCAGUACCUGCCGCAGGACAAGCAGCGAGAGGAGAAUCCCGACAUCCGGAAGAUGCUGGUGGAAGCCAUCAUGCUGCUUGCAGCCACGAAGGCCGGCCGGCACACGUUGAGAGAGGAGGGCGCCUACCUGGUCCUGCGCGAGCUGCACCGCUGGGAGAGGGAGCCCGAGGUGCUGUCUGCCUGCGAGAAGCUCAUCCAGGUGCUGAUCGGAGACGAGCCGGGCCCGGGGAUGGAGAACCUGCUGGAGGUGAGCGUCCCCGAGGAGGUGGAGCAGCAGCUGCAGCGCCUGGAUCGGGAGGAGGAGGAGCGGUGGCGGCGCGAGCAGGCAGAGGCGCAGGGCUCGCGGGCCUGCCCCGAGGAGCUGCCGCCGUGACCGGCUGACGCACACAGCCCGCGGGGACGGCAGCCCGAGCAGCAGGACACGUGCACUCAAUAAUAUUUAAUAGUC